UCCUCUCUAGACACUGAUAAUAAUCCUUCAGAAGAACAUGUUGCUGCUGAAUAAGUUUCCUGCAUGGCUUUCUGUAUUCGCUUUGCUUUUGCUGACUCAGGAGCCUGUUUCUACGUCAGAGGUCACGGCCUGUGGACUUGCGGUGGAUCCACCUGCCAAUAUUGAGAUAACAGACCCUGGCUUCCUGGGUUACCUCAGUAUCCACUGGACUCAGCCAGCCAGCCUUCAGAACCUUACAGGCUGCACAGUACGAUACCAGCUCAGAUACUAUGACACCUAUGAGGAACGAUGGAGGAGUGUUCGAACUGUCAAGCUGACUUAUGCUGCUCAGUUUGAUCUUGAGAAACCAGUCAAGGUGAGAAUACUCACUGUGCUGAAGUGUGCCUGUACCAAUGGGACAGAGGUCCAAGGGGAGGAGAAAGAGUGGGUCUACACACCUGAACCUACAGGUGUGGCGGGAUCACGAAUAAGAGAUUUUCACUGUGUCUACUAUGGGAAGGAGUACAUGGAAUGCACCUGGGAGCCAGGACUUGUCCAACCUCCAAAUUCACAGCACUACCUCUAUUACUGGCACCGGGAAAUGGAUGAAACAAAGGAAUGUCCAGAAUACAUCAUAUUAUCUGAGGGUCGAAGGGGAUGCCGGUUUCCUCGAGAAUCACUCUUGGAGUUCUCUAAGUUUAAUUUAUGUGUAAAUGGAUCCUCUCCAGCAGGAAGUCUGAAAAUGGCCUACUUCUCUAUUGAGGUCCAAAACCAUGUAAAACCAGCAGUGGUCUCCUCUGUGCAUGUCUCAGAGAUUGAUGGAGAGCUGAAGUUAGAUUGGUCACCACCUAGUGGUCAGGUGCCAGAACACUGCUUGGAAUAUGAGGUGGAGAGCAGCACUUCGAUGGAAAAUGGCAAAGAAAAGCAGGAAAAGAUGGUUCUUCAGAAUUUAGAGGACACAUCUUAUGGCGUCCCGAGAGAGGUGGAAAGUCAGAAAACCUGCUUUCGAAUCAGGUCAAAGGUGAACAUGUACUGUGCUGAUGGAGGAUUUUGGAGUGACUGGAGCCAAACAAAGUGUACAGGUUAG